GAGUUGUACUAUAGUUUACUCCUAUAACUUCACACACAGACACACACAAAAUACAAGUCUCUGCCAAUUUUUGUGUACCCAAUCCAAUCUAAUCUAAUCUGCUCAGUUCUUCUGCUCCAUAUCUGUUGAAAUUACUUCUUCUAAUCAAUCAAAAUCAUAUCUUUGUUUGUUAAAGUCCAAUUUCAAGCUUAAAAGAACCAUGAAGGUACAUCCGGGCACACUACGAAACGACAUAGUAUCAUCUUUCUCUCCUGCUUGUCGGCAAAAGAAGCUUAAGCGACUCCCACAUAUCUUCGCGAAGGUUCUAGAACUUCCGUUCCGUUCAGAUGCUGACGUGUCAAUCGAAGAAACCUCCGAUUCACUGCGGUUUAUCAUCCCAACUGAUGAUGACGUAGGCAAUAAUAUAAGGGCCCACAUAGUGGAGAUCUAUCCAGGUGUUACUAAGAUUGUUAUACGAGGCGAUAAUGUUUUUGAUUCGUCUUUGUCUGGUUUGGAACUCGAUUUGUGGCGGUUUAGGUUACCGGAAGUGACUGUACCGGAGUUGGCUAGUGCCGUGUUUAGUGGCGGUGAGCUGGUGGUUACGGUGCCUAAAGGGGUGGAUGACGGUGGCGCUGGUCGUCUUGUUCUUGUACAAUACUAAUUCUCUUUUUUCUUUUUUCACUCUCUCUAUUUUCAGCUAUGUUGUUUUUUCAUUUCUUAAUUUUUAGGUUUAGUUAAUUUCAAUUGUGGGAUAUGAUUUGAACUACCUGAUGUUUAAAUGACAAGCUUCUCUUCAGCUCUACUCGGUAGCUUUAGUUCAAACUAUGUAUUUGUAUUAAAAAAAAUACAAUUUAAGUUACUAACA